AAUUUAGCUCAUUUAAGUAAAGCAUUUAAAAAAUUUCAAGUAUGUUAGUAAGCACGCUGCAUGUGUUAAGAGCUAGCUACAGGUGUUCCUGGCAACCCAAUCGCCAGCUGAGCCGCAUGAUUGAGAGCAAGCAUGGCUGGCGGCUGAAGCUGCAGCAGUUGCUCAGUGGGCUGCGCUAUCGCUACUGCAUGUGGCGUCUGCGCCGACUGCUGGGCAGCGACUUCGAUGAGCACGACUUUGUGCACGGCGCACGCCAGCUGGCCAGCUACGUUAUGGAUGCAGCGCGCCAGUCGGACUGGAGUCGCAUUCGCAGCUGCUGCACCGAGCAGUGCGCCAGCGUCACCUACAGUCAGCAGCGGCAGAAUCUUUGCAACCAACUGGUUCGCUUCGAGAGUCAGCACUUGCUGCAGGUCUUGCCGCUGAGCGUGCAUCGUGCCUGGGAGCAGGGACGCCGCUAUGUGUUUGUCGACUUGGCCUUUACGGGUCUGCGUGAUAUGCAGGACUUUGACAGCAGCGGCGAGCAGCAGCAGAUGCGGCAGUUGGUGUUGCAAGUGCUGCAGCAAGCGCAGUUGGGCGGCGCUCAAUUGACGCCCAUGCAUCAGCGUCUGGUGCUGGGCGAGUUUCUGCUCUCGCUGCGCAGGGAGCUGACGCAGGACUCUGGCUGGCUGGUGGACUUUUACAAGAUGCAUUGCAUCAAGCUGGUCAACUUCAGUCCCGUUACGCUGCAGUAUCGCGUUAUUGAGUUCCUAAACCCGUUUCAGUCAGCCAAAUUCUAAGCUCUGAUAACAAUCGAGAGUUACGUGCGAGUUCAACGUUCGUGUCGCACAUUUAAAUUAAAACUCACUGAACAACUCACAGUCAACAAAGUAGAAGAAGAAGAAGCAGCAGUACGUCCGUUCUUUGCACGUCUUUAAAGUUAACUGAUCGCGCAGUUGCUUAGACAACAGCAUUUAUAUAACUUUUUGUAGAGUUUCUUCAGGUGUAAAGCAAUAUACAAAAAAUUUAAAUGUCUACGCAA